AUGCCGCAAAGUUCUUAUUCUUCCAAACGGGCUCCUAAAACCUCAGCCAAAAACGUUCAUCCUCGCCCUUCAACCCCCGAAGCCAAUAUCAUGCGAAAUCUUGAUAUGUCACCCAAAGGCAACCAGCCUAGGAAGUCCGACAGUGGUCGAUCAUCAGACCGGAAGCGUAGAGCUUCGUCGUCUUCAGUAUCUAGUGUCUCCUCUGUCUCAUCCCUCGAGGAUUUGAGUGAGGUAGAUGACUCGGAAGAAGAUGCGGAUGAUGAACAAGAACCAGCUGUUCGUGCCCCGUCUUAUGGUCGUCGCCGCGACAAUAAGGCGGGGCGUCAAGCGACAAUGAAUAAAAGACGCCGUGUCUUGACCAACGACAGCAGUGAUGAUAGUGACUCUGAAAGCUCAGAUGAUGUGUACGCCGCUGUAGACUACAUCACCGAUGCUGAAGAUGAAGACGAAGAACAAGAAAUGGAGAAGAUGGAAGAACUGAUGAUUAUGGAGUCAGAAAAGACCCAUCGACCUCUUCCCAGCUCUGAAUUCGCCGAUGAGUCGUGGUCGGCUCAUGCCUUCGACGAUAACAUGUUCCUUCCAGCCGCAUCUUUCUUUGACGAAGAGCACCUGUACAGUGCCAUGGAUACAUUCGGAGAGCCCGAUGUCACCAGCGAGGCUGUGGAAACUCCAGUUGCCCGACGGGUUCACUUUGAGGAGCGAUCCGACUCGUCUUCUGAUAGUGAUUCCCACACAGACGAUGAUAUCCCUGGUGACUUUUUGCAGCAGGAUAGUCUGGAUCCCCAGCUACGUCGUAUGAUCGAAAACGACAAUGAGAACUAUCAAAGAAGCCACCGCCGACAAUCAGAAGAGAUGUUUGGCGAUUUUGACUAUGGUCAUGGAAACAUCUACCACGUCGAGUCCGAGGGAUCCUCCGAGGGCAGCUUGAGUGGUUAUGAAAGCGAUGAUGGCGACACUACAGAUGAAGAUCUCCCCCCACCAGCAACUAUCACCCACCCUCGGUCCCUUCUCCGCCGUGAUUCGUCCGACUCCCUGGCUCCUAUAGGCGAUGACAAGAGCGAUUGUCUUCCUCGUCGCCGUGGACCUAUCAUGGGGACUUUCACGGCUGAUCCCCAUAAGCCAGUCGCCUUGGUGGACUGCACCGGCAAGCACCUCGUAAUCAUUCCCGCAUACGCCUCCUCUCGCCACGACUGGCUGGACUCCGCCGCAAACAGUAUGCCCGGCACUGCCAACACCAGCCCCCGCCAGACCACCCUUCACUUGGUGGAUGAGAGUGAUACAGACGCACUUGCGUCCCCGAACCAGACUGAUUUCAGCCCCAUGCUGGCGUCAAGUGCCAAUCUCAUGAUGACUGCCCUGGGCAACGAUCUCACACCCGGAGGCCAGGUUAUGGGUCCUCCCGAAGCAUUCUAUCCAUCUCAAGACUUCACCAUCGACAGCUCGUUCGAAGAGGAUGAAGAUGAUGACCCCGAGGCUGCUCUGAAUGUCGACGACUUCAUCGACUUUGGAAAUGGUUCUUCUGACGAAGAUGAGGACAUGGACAAGCACUACGAUGAGUCUGUCCAAGUCUCUCCCAUGGCUGCUCCUCCUGCCAAGUCAAUGGGCACACCUACUCCCACACGCAAGUCUGAAUCACAACCUCCCAACAAUGAGGAGAGAUUCCUUGAACACCUCGACAAAGGCAUUGUCACAGCCUUCCGUCGCAACCAUAACCGUUACCAGGCCCUUCUUCGUCUUCCCCAACACCGCGAGUUUAUGCCCGCAAAUUCCCCUGCGCGUCCUGCAAGUGUCUUCCGACACGCUAAGAACAACGACCAGCGCACCCCCACCCGCAAGCGCAAGUCUAACAGCAUUGCUGGUGGCGAAGCUGUGCGGCGUAAGCUGAUGGACGCCCAGCAACGUCGCACUCAAGUGCCGCUCUAA